CACUCUGCGGUCUUCUCUCCUGGUUUUUUAUGUCUACCGUUUAGUGCAAACGAAACCCAAGCCCCCUCUAUUCCUCUACCCCAAAGGUCACACAACUCUGAACUCCGGCCGUCGCCACGCUCGCCACCGUCCAUCGGCCGCCUUUGGCCGUUGCGCCCUGGCUUGCUGCAUCUUCCCAGCCUGGCGGUAGCACUAAUCUACGCCUCAUCGGCCCCUGGGUGCUGGCUCGCUGCUCCUCCCCAACCUAGCAGUAGCACUAAUCUACGCCUUUGCAGUCUACGAAGGAGUUCAAUAUCUAAAAACACUGAGUUUUGCUCUUCAAAGAUCUAACAGAAGAACCAAGAUUGGCCAUCAUGUCGGAUGUGAUAUCUAUGCAAGAAAUUGAAGCAAUAUCUUCACGCCUCCAAAUCGAAUGUUCGCAAAUUGAUCUCAGCUCUAUACGUCUCCCUCCUGGUGAGGACUUUGGCAUUAUAAGUGACGAUGAUGAUUUGUAUCAAGAGGAUGUGCUGGAGUUUGAUGCUGGGUUUGGGAACAUAAUCGUGGUGGAUAAUCUGCCAAUGGUUCCUCGGGAAAAGUUCGAGAAGCUUGAGGGGGUUAUUCGGAAGAUUUACAGUCAGAUUGGGACAAUAAAAGAGGAUGGCCUUUGGAUGCCUGUUGAUCCUGAUACCCAGAAAACUCAAGGUUACUGCUUCAUCGAGUACAAUACUCCACAGGAAGCUGAGCUUGCUAGGGAGAAGACUAAUGCUUACAAGUUAGACAGAUCCCACAUAUUUGCUGUGAAUAUGUUUGAGGACUUCGAUAGGUUCAUGAAAGUUCCAGAUGAAUGGGCCCUUCCUGAAACAAAGCCAUACAAUCCAGGGGAAAAUCUAGAACAAUGGCUUACUGAUGAAAAAGCUCGUGAUCAGUUCGUGAUUCGUGCUGGUUCAGAUACUGAGGUUUUAUGGAAUGAUGCUAGGCAUUUGAAGCCUGAUCCUGUUUACAAACGCCCUUUCUGGACUGAGAGCUUUGUCCAGUGGUCACCACUGGGAACUUACUUGGCAACAGUUCACCGGCAGGGUGCUGCUGUUUGGGGAGGUGCAACUACCUUUAACCGUCUGAUGCGUUAUGCUCAUCCCCAGGUUAAACUGAUUGAUUUCUCCCCUGGAGAGAAAUUUUUGGUGACUUACAGCAGCCAUGAACCAAGUAAUCCUCGUGAUACACAUAGGGUGGUUCUUAAUAUUUUUGAUGUAAGAACUGGAAAAGUGAUGAGAGAUUUCAAAGGAAGUUCGGAUGAAUUUGCCACUGGAGGAACUGGUGGUGUCACUGGGGUUUCAUGGCCGAUUUUCAGAUGGGGUGGCGGGAAAGAUGAUAGAUACUUUGCUAGGAUAGGAAAGAAUGUCAUCUCUGUUUAUGAAACAGAGACCUUCACCCUUAUUGACAAGAGAUCUUUGAAGGUAGAAAAUGUUGUGGAUUUUAGUUGGUCGCCUACUGAUCCCAUUCUUGCACUCUUUGUACCUGAGCUUGGUGGUGGGAAUCAGCCCGCUAGAGUAAGUCUUGUUCAAAUACCUAGCAAAGAGGAGUUGAGGCAGAAAAACCUCUUCAGUGUUAGUGACUGCAAAAUGUAUUGGCAAAGUAAUGGGGACUAUCUCGCUGUUAAGGUUGAUCGCUACACAAAAACAAAGAAAAGCACAUAUACUGGCUUUGAGCUUUUCUGGAUAAAAGAACGAGACAUACCAAUUGAGGUUUUGGAGCUUGAGAACAAAAAUGACAAGAUAAUUGCAUUUGCUUGGGAGCCAAAGGGUCACAGAUUUGCAGUUAUCCAUGGAGAUAGCCCAAGGCCUGACAUAAGUUUCUACUCUAUGCGUGGUGCCCACAACAGGGUUUCAAAACUCAUGACCCUCAAAGGCAAGCAGGCAAAUGCCCUUUUCUGGUCACCUGCUGGUCGUUUCAUUAUUCUUGCUGGGUUGAAGGGGUUUAAUGGACAAUUGGAAUUUUACAAUGUUGAUGAGCUUGAAACCAUGGCUACAGCUGAGCAUUUCAUGGCAACUGAUAUUGAGUGGGAUCCUACUGGAAGGUAUGUCGCAACUGCAGUGACUUCAGUUCAUGAGAUGGAAAAUGGAUUUAACAUAUGGUCUUUCAAUGGGAAGCUGCUGUAUCGAAUACUGAAGGACCAUUUCUUUCAGUUCCUGUGGCGGCCGAGGCCACCAUCCUUCUUGAGUGCUGAGAAAGAAGAAGAAAUUGCAAAGAACCUGAAGAAAUACAGUAAGAAGUACGAGGCAGAAGACCAGGAUGUGUCUAUGCUUUUGAGCGAACAGGAUCGGGAGAAGAGGAAGAUGCUGAAGGAUGAGUGGGAUCGUUGGGUUAAUGAGUGGAAGCAGUUGCAUGAAGAGGAGCAAUUGACAAGGCAGAAGCUUAGGGACGGGGAAGCCAGUGAUGAAGAAGAGGAGUACGAAGCCAAGGAAAUUGAAGUAGAAGAGUUGUUGGAUGUAACAGAAGUAGUCCUUUCUUUUGAUUAUGGGGAGGACUGAUAUAUUCUUACCCAGUUUUGUUGUUAUUUUUGUUUAACAUCCAUUUGUUUCUCUCUCUUAUAAUAACUUCCUGAUUAUGUAAUAGAAGUCUUUUUUUUAGGUGACAUGUUUAAAUUGUAAUAUUUAUAGUAGUCAAUCUUUUAGACUC